GGCUGGGUACUGUGGAGCCCACGGAGCCAGCUCUUCUAGGAGGAGGAGGAUGCUCUGCAUGCCCAGGUGAGCCCAGGCUGGGGUCUCCAGCCUGCUGCCGGUGCCAGGCGCCUGCCCGUUCCCCAGCGCGGGGGCUGAAGCCCGCACCCAAAGGGGGCGGCGGCGAGGGCGCAGACAGUAGCGGGGAGCGCAGCGCAGCAGCGGCAGAAGCUGGGCUCUGCGCUAAAGGUAGCCGCAACGAUCUGCCAGGGCGCCUUUCUCCCUAGCCUUCCGCAGCAUAGCGGCGUGGUGCUGGGAGUGCGCCAGGAGAUCAGAACCCCAGGAGUCCACGUGUGCAGGAUCCUGUGGGCAUUGACAUCCGACACACUCAUGCCCAUUUCCUGUAAUGGACAAACUUGAUGCUAAUGUGAGUUCCAACGAGGGUUUCAAGUCUGUGAAGAAGGUUGUACUGCUAACAUUUCUCUCAGUGGUUAUCCUGAUGGCCAUCCUGGGCAACCUGCUGGUGAUGGUGGCUGUGUGCAGGGACAGGCAGCUCAGGAAAAUAAAAACCAAUUAUUUCAUUGUGUCUCUUGCCUUUGCCGAUCUGCUGGUUUCGGUGCUGGUGAUGCCCUUUGGUGCCAUUGAGCUGGUUCAAGACAUCUUGGUUUAUGAGGAGAUGUUUUGCCUGGUCCGGACCUCUCUGGAUGUCCUACUCACUACAGCAUCGAUUUUUCACCUGUGCUGCAUUUCACUGGAUAGGUAUUAUGCCAUCUGCUGCCAACCUUUGGUUUAUAGAAGCAAGAUGACCCCUGUCCGCAUCGCACUAAUGUUGGGAGGCUGCUGGGCCAUCCCCAUGUUUAUAUCUUUUCUCCCCAUCAUGCAAGGCUGGAACAAAAUCGGCAUCUAUGAUGUGAUCGAGAAAAGGAAACUCAACCACAACUCUAACUCUACUACAUUCUGUGUCUUCAUGGUCAACAAGCCCUACGCCAUCACCUGCUCCGUGGUGGCCUUCUACAUCCCGUUUCUCCUCAUGGUGCUGGCCUAUUACCGCAUCUAUGUCACUGCUAAGGAGCAUGCCCAGCAGAUCCAGAUGUUACAACGCGCAGGAACCACCCCUGAAAGCAGACCCCAGCCAGCUGACCAGCACAGCACACAUCGCAUGCGGACAGAGACCAAGGCAGCCAAGACUUUAUGCAUCAUCAUGGGCUGCUUCUGUUUCUGCUGGGCUCCCUUCUUUGUCACCAAUGUUGUGGACCCUUUCAUAGACUACACUGUCCCUGAGCAGGUGUGGACUGCUUUCCUCUGGCUUGGCUAUAUCAAUUCAGGGUUGAACCCUUUUCUCUAUGCCUUCUUGAAUAAGUCUUUUAGACGUGCCUUCCUCAUCAUCCUCUGCUGUGAUGAUGAACGCUACAGAAGACCCUCCAUUCUGGGCCAGACUGUCCCAUGUUCAACCACAACCAUUAAUGGAUCCACACAUGUGCUAAGGGAUGCAGUGGAAUGUGGUGGCCAGUGGGAGAGUCGGUGCCACCUCACAGCAACUUCUCCUUUGGUGGCUGCUCAGCCCAGUGAUACUUAGGCCCUUGGGACAAUGACCUAGAAGACAGCUGUGGCUCGAAAAGAGGCCAGUCCUAAGCUGCUGCUUAUGUGUAUGGGGCUGCUCCUGGCCCUCUUCUUGGAGGCUUUCCAACAGCAUGCAGCAGCGACACGCCUUGGACUUUUCCACCGGGAUUCCAGCAGGUGGCGCUUGAGGGAGUCAGAGUGAGAGAAGGUCUUCCUUGUUCCUUUUUUCAUUUCUCAACAUUUCCCCUACCUGGAGUCUCCACUCUUGCUCAAUGGUCUCUGAAGUCCGUGGUCUAGUCCCCUUGCUGUUCCCAGUCUGUCUCACAAGCAUUCACUGUGUUCUAUUUUCCGUGUCCAAAUAUGCCUUCUUUGGAGUGUCUUCUCCCUGAUCCUGUCAAAACAUGUGCCUGUCUUGGUCACAAACUCUGCACUAUCCUUUCUUUGCCCUCUUUUGUGCUGAGCACUUGUACACUCUUUCUUGUGUCUAGGUGUUGGCAUGCAUCCUCUUGACCAACCCUAUGUCAGUCACUGAGCUCCGCCUUCUUUUUCCUGUGUUCAGCGUCAAUGUUCUGUUUAGGAUAGGCUCCAUUCAUUUGCCGCUGGAGACACAGAAUAGAGAUCUGUCAGUGGAAAAUGGUCUCUGCAUGAACCCUAGAGGGAAGUCAAAGACAGUUUCUUUAGUACCAGGAUCAGAUCUGUCUCAACGGAGAUAUUUACUUCCCUGUCAGCUAGGAUAGAACACCUAAAGACUCUUAGGUAGGGCUGGUGGCAUCGUGGGUGUCUAUUAAGAGAUGUUGGCAUUUUUUUCUAUGAGCUGUGGUCAAAACCUCUGAAUAUUGCUUCACUGCUUAUUGUGACAAAAAUGAUGGAAGUUCACCCUGUGGGGCCUUGUUCCCCUUGCUAUCUUUUAGGUGGAGAUGUUCAAAGUCCAGACGUGUUUAGGAAUGAGAAAAAUAAUAUCUGACUCCAAGUCAGGGGAUGCAGAUGCCAGCCCUGGCUCUGCUUCUAAAAUGCUGUGAGAUCAUGAACAAUUGCCUUCCCCUCCAUGAAAUUGCCAAAUGAAGCUUGGAGUAGGGGAGUCUUUAAGAUUUCUUUCCAUUUCUUAGAUGAUAGGAUGCUGCUAUAGCCAGCCAUCUGCUACCUCGAAAACUCAUGGCCUACUUACCUUUUGGGUUUGUUUCAAAGGAACUGCCCUUCUGAUUUGGGCCUCCUAAACUUCUGACUUGGUCAGCUAUGCUCUUACAGUUAACCUGGUGUCUUUCAUUCAAAGCAGAGUCUCUGGUUUAUCCCAAAUACUCCAGAGCAAAGGUCUCAGUGAGGAAAGUUCCCCUUCCCAGAGCCGGGUGAUGUUUUGGCUUUCAUCUUGGCUGUGGUUUGAUUCCAUCUCAGGACUAUUUACUGCACUCUUCUUUUGAGCUGUCCAUGAAGUACCAUUUACUAUUCCUGUGUUGAACUUGGCAGGAAAGAGACUUUGGAAUAAGGGAGAGAAGAUUGAAAAAAAAAAAUCAAAUGCCAAAAAGAAUUCUCUGUUACGUGAAGACUUAAUUUUCUUGAGCACAGGUCAUGCCUUAGUAAAAGGAAGUAAACCCUGAGAGAGAACUCCUAAAUGCUGCUGAGAAAAAAAAAAAUGCUCUGUGCUAAGAAAUAUCAAGUGCUGAGAUGGUUCGUGCCAAGACUGAUCCAGUGGAGCAGUUCUGAUUGGAGGCCUCUUCUUGCCAACCAUGAGGAGUGUGGUAGCUUGGACUUGCACACUGACUCUGUAGCUGGAUCAGUCUGCCUUGAAUUUGUAAGCCCUUGCUCCCUGGCUAUCACUAGGCUCAGCAUUCAUUUGGAGGCAAGCAUCAUUUUGAGGUUGAUUGGUUUCUCAUACAAAGGAUGAGAUGCAGCCAACUUGUCUUGGAUGGCCGUCUACCCACCCCUUCCAUGGUCAUGGUGGUAAGAAAGUGUCUCACACACCGAGUCAAUGACUGACAUUCUGAGUGGAUGGAACUUAAAUCUGGAUGAUUUGGGCCUCAGAAUAUCUUCUGCUUACUUCAUAACCGUUGAUUUGGAGACAAAUGAUACUUAUGGAAACAUUCUGUAAAAACCAUAAAAUGGCUGCCUGCUUGUUACUAUUAUGGGUAUUUUGAAUGACUGUAGAUGUGUUUGAGCUCUCUUGGGAGCUAAGCCUUUUUUCACUAAGAAAUGAGAUCAGUUUAGAAUGAGCUUUCGGUGUUGGAAACAACCCAAGAGCAGCCUUUGGGUAGCAACACACCCUAAUCUACCCCUCCUCAUUCAGUCACUCCAGGUUGCUCAGCACACACAUUUAUAUAUCACACUCUAUUCAAAGGGACUUCUUUGUUCUCAAAGACGCAAAUAGAGAAAAAGACUAUGGGCAGAUUUUUAUAAGAAUGGCUCUAAUUCUAUAUGUAACGUCACAGUCUCAUGAGCUAAGUUCAUAUACCUGUUUUCAAUAUAAAAAUAUCUGGAGGAAAAAGUUCCCUGCCCAUAAAAUUAAUUCCCACCAUAUAUAUAUACAUGUAUAUA